CCCCUCUCCUCCCCUCCAGCCCCCCCAUGGCCCUCUCAUGCUGGUUAUUAAAGGGAUAGACACACAGCCAUAUUGGACGUUGGAUGAACCCGACCAUCAGGCUUCCUGAGCCCACACACAGCGGCGGGAGAGAGGGAGCGAGGCCUGGCUGCACUCACAGACCGGGGACUGGCCUGGCUGCGCCCACAGACCGGGGACUGGCCUGGUUUUAGCUGCCGGACCCGGCCCUCGCAGGCCGCCGUACUAGGCCUUGAAGCCUAACUCGAGUGAUCGCAGGGCUCCUGGAGACCGAGGCGUUUCGAGGCCCAGCCGUCUGCCUCCCUCCCCCCGCAGGAGCCUCGGCUUCUCCCCAGCAGGCAGCCUGAACUCCACGGCCCAGCACCGGGAGAGGCCGGGGGCCGGCGGCGGCGGAGUGUGCCCGGAGCCGGAUACCCGCGGCCCGGCUGCUCCCGAGCCCGCUCCCUCCGCCUCGGCCGGGUCGGCCAUGUCGAAAAACUACGACGCGGUGGAAUUCCCGUUCUGCGAUGAGGUAUCCAAGUACGAGAGACUGGCCAAGAUCGGCCAGGGGACCUUCGGGUGAGUGGGGGGAUACCGGGAAUGGCAGAGCUAUUCACUAACCUGCGAGAUAUAACGCUGAACACAUACAGAGCUAUUCACUAACCUGCGAGAUAUAACGAUAUACACACAGAGCUAUUCACUAACCUGCGAGAUAUAACGCUGAAUACACACAGGGCUAUUCACUAACCUGCGAGAUAUCGAUAUACACACAGAGCUAUUCACUAACCUGCGAGAUAUAACGCUGAACACACACAGAGCUAUUCACUAACCUGCGAGAUAUCGAUAUACACACAGAGCUAUUCACUAACCUGCGAGAUAUAACGCUGAAUACACACAGGGCUAUUCACUAACCUGCGAGAUAUAACGCUGAACACACACAGAGCUAUUCACUAACCUGCGAGAUAUCGAUAUACACACAGAGCUAUUCACUAACCUGCGAGAUAUAACGCUGAAUACACACAGGGCUAUUCACUAACCUGCGAGAUAUCGAUAUACACACAGAGCUAUUCACUAACCUGCGAGAUAUAACGCUGAACACAUACAGAGCUAUUCACUAACCUGCCAGAUAUCGAUAUACACACAGAGCUAUUCACUAACCUGCGAGAUAUAACGCUGAAUACACAGGGCAAUUCACUAACCUGCGAGAUAUAACGCUGAACACACAGGGCUAUUCACUAACCUGCGAGAUAUAACGCUGAACACACAGGGCUAUUCACUAACCUGCGAGAUAUAACGCUGAACACACAGGGCUAUUCACUAACCUGCGAGAUAUAACGCUGAACACACAGGGCUAUUCACUAACCUGCGAGAUAUUGAUAUACACACAGAGCUAUUCACUAACCUGCGAGAUAUCGAUAUACACACAGAGCUAUUCACUAACCUGCGAGAUAUCGAUAUACACACAGAGCUAUUCACUAACCUGCGAGAGAUAACGCUGAAUACAUACAGAGCUAUUCACUAACCUGCCAGAUAUCGAUAUACACACAGAGCUAUUCACUAACCUGCGAGAUAUAACGCUGAACACACAGGGCUAUUCACUAACCUGCGAGAUAUAACGAUAUACACACAGAGCUAUUCACUAUCCUGCGAGAUAUAACGCUGAAUACACAGGGCAAUUCACUAACCUGCGAGAUAUAACGCUGAACACACAGGGCUAUUCACUAACCUGCGAGAUAUAACGCUGAACACACAGGGCUAUUCACUAACCUGCGAGAUAUAACGCUGAACACACAGGGCUAUUCACUAACCUGCGAGAUAUAACGCUGAACACACAGGGCUAUUCACUAACCUGCCAGAUAUAACGCUGAAUACACGCAGAGCUAAUCACUAACCUGCCAGAUAGAUAUCUCUAUCUCUCCACUCGUGAGCUCACUUCGGCGGGGAACAUACAUACACACACACACACACACACGGCUAUUUACUAACCUGCCAGAUAUCGAUAUAUAUAUACACACACACACCCACACAGGGCUAUUCACUAACCUGCCAGAUAGCGAUAUACACACACACACAGGGCUAUUCACUAACCUGCCAGAUAGCGAUAUACAUACACACACGGCUAUUCACUAACCAUAUACACACACACUAGAAAUUGUAAUGUGUACCUGAAGUAAUAUUGCUUUCGGAUGGGCAGUGUGUGGAAAGUGCUCAUCGAUAGUAUGUAGGAUUCCUAUGUUCUUUGCAGAAGAUCAAUUAAAGGGACAGUAUAGUCACCCAGACCACUUCAGCUCAAUGAAGUGGUCUGGGUGCCAGGUUCCCCAGGUUUUAACCCUUCAGAUGUAAACAUAGCAUGUUUACAUUGCAGGGUUAAUCCAGCCUCUAGUGACUGUCUUCCUUACAGCCUCUGGAUGCAAAAAUCGCAUUCAGCGUGCAGAACGUCCAUAGGAAAGCAUUGAGAAAUGCUUUCCUAUGUACUGUUUGCACGCGCGGCUGCGCAUGCUCUUGACGCGCAUGUGCAUUUCGCUCCACUCGUGAGCUCACUUCGGCGGGCAAGGAGAGGUCACCGGCGCAGGAUAAAGAUAAGUAACCCCUUCAGCGCCAAGGGAGGGGGACCCUGAGGGGGGGGUGGACCUAAGGGUUAUAUAGUGGCAGGAAAACGAGUUUGUUUUCCUGACACUAUAGUGAUCCUUUAAGGAAUGAAGCUCUAGUUGGCUUUUUAGGGAUUCCUCCUUGAUUAAUUGAUUUUCCUUCCUGGAGCAUAUGUAUUGUCAGGGCCGCCAUUAGGGGAUGACAGCCAUAACGGUUGUCACUGACCCAGCAGUCCUGGGGGGCCCCCACAAUUACUCUUUGCACCUAUAUAUAGCGAUGAUCGCUAUAAAUAGGUGCAUCUUUCUUGUAGGCGGUUUGUGGAAAUUUGCAUAUUGCUUUUGUUAUUGACAUAUUUGUAUAAAAUAAAGGAUUUUUUUUUAUAUAUUUGUUGUACCACUCACACAUUGUUUCUAUUUAUUUUUAAUUUUUUGUCUGACUGUAAACUUAUGGCACGCAUAAAUUUAGCAAGCCCGUGUGUUUUUUUUUGUUUUUUUUUUUGUUUUGUUUUUUUUGCAGUUUGAUUUCUAAUGAAAUCAAACAAGUUUGUUUUAUUUUUAUAGCGUGCUUUUUUAAAAUUUUGGAUACAGAAAUGUAAAGAUUUAUAUAAUGACUACCCAGUGUUGUGGAGAAUUAAGAAGGAAAGAGCAUAUUUAGAUGAGGGAAAAAGUAAAGCAACUUUGGCCUCAAUUUAGUAUUGUUGGAUACGUUUUCCAGAUUAUUUAAGAUUUUUGGAUUUAAAAUUGAUUUAAUAUUGUAAUAUUUAUAGAUUUUUUUGAUAUGGGUCUUUAUUUUUUAUAUAUAUAUAUUAUUUACAUUUUUAAAAGUUGAUCCAAAAAUAUUAAAUCAUUUUGGAAAGCCUAUCCAACUAUUAACUCAAGGCAUUUGUCCUACAAUUUGCACUUCUUGAUAAACUGUCCACAUUUUCUCAAUUUAAAAAUAAAUACCAUUGACAGUUAGAAUCCUGAACAAUUAUGGUUAAAGUCUUGGUGGUAUGAUUGUCAUGCUUAAUUUUUUUUAACUUUCUUUUCUGGGUGUACAGAGAAGUGUUUAAGGCGAAGCAUCGUCAAACUGGGAAGAAGGUGGCACUUAAAAAAGUACUGAUGGAAAAUGAGAAGGAAGGGGUAAGUCUGAAUGGCAUUCUAAUUAUCAAUGGUGAAUUAAUUGUUAUUAUGAUUAGCCACCAAUUUCAGUAUAAAUAAAAAUUUUGUCUCUUUAACUGCUUGUAAGUUGGAAAAUAUGGUUUUGCUCCCACCCCUUGGAGUACGCAUGCUCCAUAUCUCUGAUAUUUAUUUUGUUUGUAAGGUAUUCGUUUAUGAAUCCAACAUAAAAGAGAGAAAUCCAAAAAACAAACGUCAAAUUUUAAAAUGGUAUUAUUUCUUCUAGUUUCCAAUCACAGCUUUGAGAGAAAUUAAGAUUCUACAGCUGCUGAAACAUGAGAAUGUGGUCAAUCUCAUUGAGAUCUGUAGAACGAAAGGUAAAUAUAAUUCUUUUAUUAUUGCAUGACUUUUUGGUGUACGUGUGGUAGGUGGAGGGCUAAAGUGCAUGAUUGGGGUGCUUGGCAGUGGGGCAACACUGAUGCAUGGGGUAUUUAUUAAUGAUACACCUAGUAGAGAUGUGAUAGGGCAUCUAAAUACAUGCAAGGCUUCUUCUAUGACAACUCGUCAUAGUGUACUUGUCAUGGUACUAAUCAUGUUUAAAGGGUUACUCCAAGAACCGUGACCACUUCACUGAUGCAGCUUGGAGUCUGUAUGUGCCACAUUUCAAUUUAAAACACUGCUCAUACAGAGUUAAAGAUAUUUCCUUCCCGAGGUAUAAUUCCACCUCAGCUUUAUAAGCUAGCCCAGAACAAGAGUUGUGUGCUGGCUACUAGACAAGUACCAGUAGCACUGGAGCUCUGUGGUAGAGGUCCGCUAACCUCCAAAUAUAUCCACAAGUAAAGAGCCACAGCAUAGGGUGAACCAGAUAGUUUGUUUUUUUUAUUGGGGGAAUACAGAACAAAACAAGGAUACGAUUUUUGGCCUAACGGCCAAAACAUUGUUUCCUUGUUUUGUCCUGUAUUCCAAAAUAAACAGAUCUGGUUCACUCUACGCUGUGCAGCCAGUGGCUCUUCACUUCUGUCAGUUCUGUUUGCAUUUGGCAUCUGUCAUCAGCAUGCCGGCAACAGACGAGUUAAAACAGAAAACCAACGCAACCUGAGAAUGAUGGCGGUGGAGUGAGAGGUAGGUUAGUAUAAAUGCUCCUAAAGCAAAUAACUAGAUCAUUAAUCUUUUAUAAGAACGUUUGAAAAGUAUCCCACUUCCCAUUUUUAGUAACAUUAACUCAUUUGUGACACAAGACCAGUGCCUCAUACAUUGACAUGCAUUGAUGACACACUGGUGCACUUUUUGCUGAGCACUGUAUGGCUGCCCAAUAAACCCCUUCAAGAGCAUUUUAAUAUGAUUAGGAAAAUAACGGUCUCCAUUUCAAAGGCGAAAGUUCCUCUUUAUUUGUCUUAUCUGACUUUCCAAAUGUUGUUCAUUGUUUUGGUUUUAUUAUUGUCCAUUCAAACCUUCCUACAAAUCCAGAAUGUGCUAAUCUGGAAUGAUACAAGUGAUAACCUUAUUAAAAGAACUGAGUGCCUUGACACUGAACGGGAAUUAAACGUUAAUCCUCAUUACAGCUAUAGGAUUAAAAAACACAAUUUUAUUUUUUUUCAUAAUGUUAUCACAGAGAUUUAUAACGGAUUUAGCUAACCUAACUAGCUCGGAAACAAUAGUAUAAUCUUAAACUUUUAUUUGAGCAGGAAGGAGUUAAUAGUAGCCUUUCUCUCAUAUGGUUUAUAUUAAGAGUAUCCAGGCAAACUAAUUGUCCUAGCUAGAUUAUAUGUAUAUGUCAGUUUUUUUUUUAUUUUAUUUUUUUAUAAAGUUUAUUAGGUGAUGCAUGUGUAAAGGGGAAAGAUUUAGUCAGCGUGUCACAACGUAUUUCUUAGUUAAAUUUAUACGAGCAUGCAUCUGGUGGUAGUGGUGAAAACAUAUUUGGGGAGAUGUAUAAUAAACUCAAUAUAUCUACAUUGCUAAAAACAUAAGCUCUAUUAACAGUGCUCAUUCAUUUGUGGAGCAUUAGAUACUUUUAUUGGAGGUGCCUAAAUAAACUUCUGAUAGUUGUGGAUUCAAAAUAAAUGUGUACAAAUAUGGAUCCUAUGACAUUUAUUUCUAUUAUAGUAAAGUCAAAGUUUCAGACCCACUAUUUGAAUUCUUUAUUCAAAUGGUAAUCUGCUGUUUCACUGACUUUUUUAGGUUUAAGUACGUAAUAUGCCAGUGCACAGUUUCUCAAUUCUGUCAGUUUAUACAUCUCCUCAUUUUGUUUGGUGUUUUUUAUUUUGCAUGUUCCAUGUGAUUUGCUGUAUAAUGCUUAUGCUGUGAAUGUCAGAGCGUUUUCGAGACUUUUUUGCCCACCUAGUUUCUCCCACAGCAAACCAAUACAACAGAUGCAAAGGCAGUAUUUUCCUGGUAUUUGAUUUCUGCGAGCACGAUCUGGCCGGCCUGCUGAGCAAUGCGCAUGUCAAGUUCACUCUUUCCGAGAUCAAGAAAGUGAUGCAGAUGCUUCUGAACGGCCUGUAUUACAUUCACAGGAACAAGGUCAGCACAUGCUUAAUCCAGGGAUGCAACAUAUUGGUCUAUUUGCAUGCUCUGAUUUUGUUUGUACAUCCUGUUUUAAUUGACACUGUUUUUGUUGGGUUUUUUUUAACAGAUUUUGCAUAGAGACAUGAAAGCGGCAAAUGUGCUCAUUACAAGAGAUGGAGUCCUCAAACUUGCAGAUUUUGGCUUAGCCAGAGCAUUUAGCCUUGCUAAGAACAGCCAACCAAACCGUUACACAAACCGCGUGGUGACCCUUUGGUAUCGCCCUCCUGAGCUAUUAUUGGGUAAGGAUUUAAACCUUAAAAGCAGCAAAAUGCUGCAAACUGCUGGCUUACAUUUUCAGCAGCUUAGAGCUGUUUUUACUGGGGGUGGGUGUAUUUUCUUUUUGGUCAGUAUCAUAUCUAUAUAGUAAUAUAUAUUUAUUUUUUUCACAUAGAAGUGUUAAAGGCACAUUGAGACAUAGUUGAAUAUGGAUAUAAAAGUAAUAGGAUUUACCUUGUGCAUUUUACUGUCUGCAAGAAACUGAUUUUGAAAACUGUGAGGGAGAGCCAAGAGGUAAUUUAACUAACCCAUGUGCAAUGACUGUUUCCUACUUUCAGUCAGAAUGCGUGUACAAGUCUUAAUCUGGCCAGUCAUUAGAACAGCUCACUGUCUGAUAUAAAAUGUAGACUUUGUGGUGCAAUACAAUUAAAACAGAUUUACAACACAUGAAGAAUGCCUGUCCAGUCUGUUUGGGCUACAUUUCAGUGGCUGAGCUUAAUGGGUUACUCCAAGUGGGCUAUAAUGGUUAAGAUGCCUGGGGUACCCUGGCACGGUUCACCAGUAAAGGGGCAGACUGCUCAGCAACGAUUUGUCCUCUUACCUGGGUCCCCACCAGUCACUGAGGUUCUUUUCUACACUGGUGAUGUGCUCUGGCUUCUGCAGAGCUGCCGAAACAAACCCAAUCCAGUCACCAUUUAUUGGCUGAGAGUGUCAGGUGACCACUCUCAGCCAACGAAUGGCACACUGCGCAUGAAAAUGUAUACAGAAUUAGACAUUAGUCAGCACGGGAUUCUUGUUGCUGGCUAAUGAUACCCCAGUGACACUACUGGAGGUGGAGUUACUGGCAGCAAAGUGGUUAAACUUUGUAUGUGAAGCAUUUCAUACUGAAAUGUUGCACAUAGACUCCAGGCAACAUUACCACUUUAAAUCAAUUCAGAGGUCAUGGUGCUUGAGGUAUAUGUUAACAGGGACACUCUAAGCACCAUAACCAUUGCAUCUUAUUUUGUAGUGGUUAUGUUUGGCAGUUGUCCCUAAAAACUUGCUUUUUAUAACCAUGUCAUAUUUGGGAUUUUUAACUUCAAUAAUGAUGCGCAACCUAUGCUCUACUUUAACACAUGAUGUUAGUAGGAUAAGGGGAUGGGGGGGACAAUUUGUAGAUUUUCAGGAACCGCAACCUAGUGUCAUGAUCACUACAAAAAUCUUUGGUGCUUAUAGUGCUUGGACUGUCUCUUGACAUUCAAGCAAUAUAGUAUGUUCUAAAUAGUACAGAGUAUCUUCCUGUACAAGGUAAAUGACUCUCGGUAUGUACGUUUGCUUGUUUGAGUAAAGUGGGGUUACUAGGAGUGAAUGAACUGGCAGCGUGACCUUUAAACUCAGGAGGCUUUUAAAAAUCACAUUGCCCGAACUGUUCUAGUGUUUCCGGAUCUCUCUCCCAGCUGUUCUUUGAAAAUGUAAUAGAUUGAUAAACACACACUAAUUAAGCAUUAAAUUAAUUUAUUUCAGGAGAGCGUGAUUAUGGCCCCCCAAUUGACUUGUGGGGUGCAGGUUGCAUAAUGGCAGAAAUGUGGACAAGAAGCCCCAUCAUGCAGGGAAAUACAGAGCAACAUCAGCUGACACUAAUCAGUCAGCUAUGUGGGUCCAUUACACCAGAGGUGAGUACAAUUUUGAUGAGGGCCUCUUCUAGCUUACCAUGGUUGUUAUUGGGCAGUUUACUCUUGGGAUCUUUGGUACCAUUUCCUAUUUAACUUGCUGAGCAUCAUUGGACACAUAGUUCACUCUUGUUAUGAUGCGUUUAGUGGAGUUAUUGUUAAAUAAAUAGGAAUUUUAGAUCACAGCUUUUUGUCCUAUCUUUGGUGGCAAUUUUUAUAUUUUUUCAUUGCACUGAAAAAAAUAAUUGAUUACAUUCGAAAGUAACAGACUAACAAAAUUUGUAAAAUACAUUCUUAAUUAUUUAUAACCCCCCUUCAAUAAAAAGUUAACAUUUUUUGUUUAUGCAGACAACCUGCAUAGUGGUUUCUGACUUGACACACACACUUCCCACAUUAAAUAUGCACUAUGGCUGUCUUGCCAUAGUGCUUUUAUCCAAGUCUAGUUUUAUAGAAGUUGAUGCCAUGUCUUUUCUCCUCCUUGCAGGUCUGGCCUAAUGUUGACAAAUAUGAAUUAUACCAAAAGUUAGAACUCCCCAAAGGCCAGAAGAGGAAGGUGAAGGAGCGACUAAAGGCUUAUGUAAAAGACCCCUAUGCACUGGAUCUUAUCGAUAGGCUGCUCGUCCUAGAUCCUGCACAGAGAAUAGACAGUGAUGAUGCACUCAACCACGACUUCUUUUGGUCCGAUCCAAUGCCUUCUGAUUUGAAGAACAUGCUCUCUACCCAUAACCAAUCUAUGUUUGAGUAUUUAGCACCUCCCAGACGAAGAGGUGGUCACAUGCCCCAACAACCAGCAAAUCAGGGAAGGAACCCAGCAGCUGCCACUAACCAAACAGAGUUUGACAGAGUAUUCUGAGGGCAUUGUAGACUGUACCCACUCCAUCCUGUAUUUUAUUUUGUGCUUCCACAAAGAUAUAUAGAGGAAAGAAAAAUCCUUAAAUCACUGCCUUCAAUGCAGAAAUGUUGUUGUGCGUGAGGAAUACUCAUUUUAUUUUUGAAAUCACGUCAGAGACUUUGUGAUGGACAUUUUCGUCUGGUAUACUGGUCCUCCCUGGAUUGUUACUGAUGGGCACAGAGACUGCAUCUGAACUUCAUUCAAAUUCAAUAGAUGAGCACUUUUGCAAUUACUUUCUAAACAUUGGGAAACCCAUCUUUUGGCACUAUUAAGACACGAAUCCUUUCCUGCUUUCAAAAAGCGUUUGUUUUACCUUACCUAAAGAGGAGGAGAAAAAAAAACUAAUUUUUAUUCCCCAUUUAUUAUAUACUUGAAUUAAACAAAUUGUGCUGUUCAGGUGUGGCGGGUGGAAUCUCGCACUUUUAUAUUGCGUACCGGGCGCAUGCUGUACAGUGCAUCGAUUAUGAAUUUCCAUGUUGUUUGUGCAUCGUUAUAUCUAUGCAUUUGAUACUAGACUGUAAAUUAAAUGGUUAUGCUUUCGUAUUGGUCUUGUGUAGAUGUCCAAUUAUUUUCUGUGAUUCUCUCUAACACACCUCUGUGCUGCAUUGUCAGAGGAGAGAAAAGGGGGUAAAACUUAUUUUUUUUUUUUUUUUAUUCUUCUUCUUUCUAAAUACACCUUGACACAUCUGGGUAAUCCCUCAAUCCUGGACUGGUAGGCAUGUGUUGAGGACUGGAAACCACUGAGGUAGAGUCUUUAACUUAGAAGUUGCUAGAUAAUAAGUUAUACUUCUCUUAAAGCAUCCUGAAACUAAGAAUUUAAGUCUAACCAGGACAGGUGUAACAGGACAGGUGGUCAUUGUUAUAGACGUAAGACCAUUCCCUUUGGCAAAAUACACAGAGAGCAGGUACACAAUGUGAAAUGCUCAUUAACGUAAAACACAGGUUCUUAACACGAGUUGAAUAAGCAGAUUCCUUUAUUGCUCGUGCACAAGAAGACUGCCCUCCCUCUAUAUAAAAACACAUUCCUUAUAUACAGUGGAACAGCAUAGUGACAGUAUCUUGAUGUAUGCAAUAAAAACAUAGUAACCUGUAAUUAGUUGCCUCUAAACCUACUGAUCCUGCUAUGGUCAGUUCAAUCUACUUCUGAAUCAAUCUCUCCUGACCAUUCACUAAGGUGAUAACCCAGCUUUACCGGUUUCCAUUAUGAUCAUUUAAUAUCAAAACUGCUUCUUAUCCUCCUCCAACUAUUUCCAAAAGGAAUAAGGAGGAAGCAAAAAUACCUAUCAUAUACUCAUGACGGCCCUUAGGGUAAUUAGCAGACACUGGAAAUCACCUAUGCCAAUCACUGAAUUUAUACAAAUAUUAGAAACUACAAGACUCUAUGAAAUGGCUGCCAGACGAACCUCUUUCCCCUCCAAAGAAGGACUGGCUAGAGGCAUGCGACGAUUGGCGCCAAUACAUGGAGAGCAAUAAUUCCUCCCCGAAAUGAGAUGGCAUUCCGAUUGCAAACCGACAGCUGUGUUCCUCAGGGCACGAGACCAUGUCAAAACAUGUAAAUAACGGUACUGAAAAAGGUCAAUGUAAGUCACUUCACGCCUGGGAGUGACACUCACUUCCCUGUUCUUCCCGCCCCCCAACUAUUUUCCCUUUUUCCCAGUGGCAUCCUGGAUAAGGAAUAUGUAAGUCACCAAUACUGUACUUGAAGCACGCAUGACCUGAUUUGCUCAAAUAAGUGCAAACUUUUAGCGUAAUACUCCAGAUGGAAAUUGAAUAUUCAAUUUGUAUACUGUAUAAUACACCUAAAUUGCUAACAAUGAGUCACUAAUGGUAUGUGCCUAUACCACUGUACUGAGUAUGUUUACGCCUGCCACUGCUUUCCCCCCACCCUUUCUUCUUUCUGUAUCCCCCAAAAGAUCAAUAAAAAUUGUCAAAGAUAAAAAAAUAAAAA